GAUACUUCCGCCAUGGACGAGGAUGACGGUUGCCCGGCGACCGCUGCGGUUGGGCCUAAGCGCCGGGGCCUCGUCCGCUGAGGCGGCGGAGCGGAGCCUCCGCUGUGUUCUCUUGUACGCUUGCCGACCCGAUUCGGGCCCCACGGGAAACCAGGAUGAAACUUUUCUCUGAGGCGCACAAGACGGUGUUCGUGGUAGAUCACUGCCCGUAUAUGGCCGAGUCCUGUCGGCAGACGGUGGAGUUCGACAUGUUCACCAAGAACCGGGCCCCGGGCAUCAUCCCGCUCGCACCCAUCGCCAAGUCGCUGUGGACGUGUGCCGUGGAGUCGGCCAUGGAGUACUGCCGCAUCAUGUACGACAUCUUCCCGACCAGGAAACUGCCAGCAACAUUAAGCAGCAUGAUGUCAGCAUCUGGUGACCAAAGGCUGCUAACAGUUGCUCCAAAGCAAUUAAUGGGUGCAACCAGGGUGAAUUUCAUUGUAAGUGACUCAAGAGCACAUACCCUGAACUCCUGGGGACAAGAAGAUCAAAACUUGCAAGAGCUGAUGGCAGCCCUUGCAGCUGUUGGGCCUCCCAAUCCUCGCAUGGACCCAGAAUGCUGCAGUGUACUGCAUGGCUUAGUUGAAGCAGUCGAGGUCCUGUGUAAAUGUACAGAUUAUCAGCAUGAAGCUCGAACUACUUUAAUGGAGAAUGCAGACCGCGUCAGCAAUCGUGGACGUAUCAUCUGCAUAACCAAUGCCAAAAGUGACAGCCACGUACGAAUGUUAGAAGACUGUGUUCAAGAAACGAUCCACGAGCAUAACAAAUUAGCAGCUAGUUCUGAUAACUUGAUGCAAAUUCAGCAUUGUGAACUGGUCUUAAUUCACACCUACACAGUUGGUGAAGACAGCCUUGUUUCAGAUCAUCCAAAGAAAGAUGUCUCCUUGGUACUAACGAGUGAAGUGCACAGUGUCCGUGCCGGAAGGCAAUUACCUGCUAAGCUCAUGACACUUGUCCAACAACAUUUUGACCUUGCCUCCACCACUAUUACAAACAUCCCUAUGAAGGAAGAACAACAUGCAAAUACUUCUGCAAAUUAUGAUGUAGAACUUCUCCAUCAAAAAGAUGCUCAUACUGAACUGCUAAGAAGUGAAGGGAAGAACAUGACACCAAUAUCGUGUGACCACAUCAAAGGAAAGAAAGUUGAUCCACAUUUAUCUAAUAGCAAUAGAGAUGGCAGCAUCAAAGAAACUGUGACGUUAAAGUGGUGCACUCCACGAACCAAUAACAUUGAAUUGCACUAUUGCACAGGAGCAUACAGAAUAUCACCCGUGGAUGUAAACAGUAGACCCUCUUCGUGCCUGACAAACUUUUUACUAAAUGGUCGAUCAGUAUUGUUGGAGCAACCUCGAAAGUCAGGUUCCAAAGUGAUCAGUCAUAUGCUUUGCAGCCAUGGUGGUGAGAUUUUCCUGCAUGUCUUAAGCAGUGUCCGUUCUAUUCUGGAGGACCCCCCGUCAAUUAGUGAAGGGUGUGGAGGAAGGGUUACUGAUUACAGGAUUACGGACUUUGGAGAGUUCAUGAGGGAAAACAGAUUAGCUCCUGUACAUGAAACACGUUACAUGCUGGAUGGGAAUAUAGAAGUGCCGUUAGAGAAAGCUAAGUCCCAACUAGAGAGACAUACUCGGUAUUGGCCGAUGAUUAUAUCUCAAACUACUAUCUUCAACAUGCAAGCUGUUGUACCGUUAGCUAGUCUAAUCGUGAAAGAGAAUCUGACAGAUGACGAUGUCCUCAACUGCCAAAAAACUAUCUACAAUCUAGUAGACAUGGAAAGAAAAAAUGAUCAUUUACCCAUUUCAACAGUUGGCACCAGAGGCAAAGGCUCCAAGAGGGAUGAACAAUACAGGGUAAUGUGGAACGAGUUAGAAACCCUUGUAAGGGCACACUUGAGUAACUCUGAGAAACAUCAGCGUGUACUGGAGUGCUUGCUGGCCUGUCGGAGCAAGCCUCCAGAAGAGGAGGAGCGUAAAAAGAGUCGCAGGAAAAGAGAAGAUAAAGAAGAUAAAUCUGAAAAAUCAGCAAAGGAAUACGAGUCUGACAAAUCUUGGCAAGAUUCUGAACGACAAAAGGGAGCACUGGAACGAGAAAAAGAUGAAGUGGCUGAAGCUGAGAUAAUCAAAGACUCUCCUGACUCCCCUGAACCACUGAACAAAAAACCACGGGUUAGUGUAGGGGAAACACCGCCUGCAGAGAAGGUUAAAGGUCCAGUCUCUUUGCUCACCCUAUGGACAAAUAGGAUCAAUACAGCAAAUUCAAGAAAGCAUCAGGAAUUUGCUGGCCGUUUGAGUUCCAUUAACAACAAAGCUGAAUUGUACCAACAUCUCAAGGAGGAAAACGGAAUGGAUACACACGAAAACGGUAAAGCCAGCAGGCAGUAAGGAGAAGCUUCACCCAAGCUGCUUCAAAAGUUCCUAGUCAGUUGGCAUGCUAUUUUUGUGGGAAUUCUUAAUUUACAAACCUGAAGUAUUUAAAGAAAAUUGAGCAUGACCUCCCAAAAUGCACCUGUUGAGAGACUUGUGACAAACUGUAUGAAAUUUUCAAACUGGAUCAAGAAGAAUUUUACUUUGUUGUCAUUUUUUACUAUGAAAUUUGUCAACAUUUUUAGACUUAUUACAUUGAUUAAAAAAUAAACAUUAUGCUUCUACACAAAUUUAAUAUUUCUGUUUG